AAGAUUUAGAUGGUCUUUUCUGGAUUUUUUUGGCUUUUCAUCUGGAUUUCCCUAGGUUGUGCUUUUACGAGAAGCGCAGACUUGCGUCUUAUGAAAACAUAGAUUUGCUUCCGCAAGAAGCACGGUUGCGAUUUUCAGAAGAAAAUUGUUCUUCCAGUGUGCUCCUUAAGAAAAGAAAUUCGUGCUUCCACAAGAAGCACAUAUUUGUUUCACGAGCUGUGCUUCUUAAAAAGGAAAAAAAUGUGUGUGCUUUCAUAAGAAGCACAGAUUUGUUUCCGCACGAUGCACUCGGGGAAAAUAAUUAUGCUUUCAUGAGAAACACAUAUUUGCUUCUCGUGCAAACAUAGAUUUGUUGUCGCGAGAAGCAUAACUUUGCUUCUCAAAUAGGGGGAAAAGUGAAAAACCACAGCCAUGCUUCCGGCCUCUAAUUUUUUCUUCCAGUUUUUGUAUUUGCUUUUUUAGGUUGCCAGUAUUUUUUCUGAUUUUUUCCAUGUAUCAUGAUUUUUUCCCAUGAAACCUAUUAACAUGUGUUUUAGUUCAAAGAUUUCGCCAUGAGAAAUCUAAUAGUUAAAAUGGUUUGGGAUUUGGAUGCAUGGCUAAAGAGAUAUGAUUUUUUGAAUAAAUUAAUCUACAGAAAAAAAAAACUCCCAUGUUGUCUUUUACACGAAGGACGAUAGUGAUAUCGGGAAAAUCCUAACUGCGCAUUAUGCGGCAAUGUUGCCCCUGUUCCGCACAUCAUAGCGACCUAUCAAACUGCAUUCGGCUGUCCUAUUUGGUAGAUGCACUAUAAACUACAGAUUCUACUACCCGCCUUUAUUGGUUGAUUAAGGGGCAUUUACCUAUCAGUCCUAGUCCUAAGGCACAAUAGGAGCACUAAGCCCAGGAACCAGUUUUGCAAAUCCAUUCCCAGAAAGUUCCUCCCUGGUUUUUGGGAACUUUUUAGAAGGUUCCUGAACCGGUUUUCUUUAGUCUGUUGUGUUUCUUUACUGAUUUUCUGGUUUCCUUUUUAUUUUUCAUUCUUUCUGUUUCUUUCUCUUUUUUAUUUUAUUAAAAAAUUCACCACUUUCAGAAAAAUGUCACGACUUCACAAAAAAUCUUCAUAUUUGAGAAAAGAAUGUUUGGAAAUAAAAAAAAGUUCAGUAUUUUAACUUUGUUUUUGUAGAUUCAAAAAAUAAUCAUAUUUCAAAAAUUGUUUAGAAUUUUAAAGAAAAAUCUUCUCUUUUCCAAAAUAGUUCACAUAUUCAAACAUGUUCGGGAAUUUUAAUAUUUGGAUUUUUCUCAAAAUGUUCCCGAUUUAAAAAGGUUCACUUUUUGUGAAAUUUUUCUUCAAAAUUUUGAAAAAACUGUUUGCGUCUUCAAAGAACGUUCUUGGCUCUAAAAAAAGUUCACAAACUUCAUAUUUUAUUCCUUUUUCGAAACUUGUUAUCAAAUUGACCGUGCUGCUGUAGUUUGUUCGCUACAGUGCCCCGCAAAAGAAAAGAAAAAGAACACUUCAAGCGCCAAUGGGCUGGCCGCCCGCGCUGCUGUUGGACGCAGCAAGCGUGAAAUAGGCACCAAACGCCAUUUUCUUCUUUGCGUCAUCUUUUCCACCUCUUAGCAAACUGGAUUUACGUACCAUGCACGUCUGCGUGGUUUCUUGGUACAGCUGCCAAUCCCCUAAUUUCAUUACGUAGCAUGCACGGUUCCGAGCGCUAGCAAGUAGCGCGCACCUCCAAGCUCCAGCCGCCUUCUAUAUAUACGUCCCUCUACUGGAGUUCACAAUUCCACAUCACAUACCACCAUGGACGCGCCGGCCGCCUGCGAGAUCGAGCGCCUGCCGGAGGACCUCCUGAUGCACGUGAUAUCGCUCACGUCGCCGGCGGACGCCUUCCACGCCACCGCCGUGUCCGGGGCCUUCCACGCCGCCGCCGACUCAGACACCGUCUGGUCCCGCCUCCUGCCGCGCGACCUCCCGCAGUUCGCCAAGAGGGAGCUUCCCCGCAAGCCGCCGUCGACCAAGAAGGGGAUGUUCCGGCGCCUCUCCGACGAACCAGCCCUCCUCCCGGGCAAGUAUGUGCGCAUGCAGCUGGACAAGGCCACCGGUGCCAAGUGCUUCACGUUUUCGGCCAGCGCGCUACAGAUCACCCAAGCUAAUGAUGCACACACGCCCUUGAUACGUGUAGGUUCAGUGCCGGGCUACAGCAAAAGAGGCAAAAGGUUCUCACAAGCAGCUGACAUCGGCCAUGUUAACAUACUCGAGAUAUGUGCCAAGAUACAAAGAAACAUGCUCUCUCAAAACACAACCUACGUGGCAUACAUGGUGUUCAAGCUAGGACCCAGAUUUUACAGCUUCGAUUUCCCGUUUCAAGAAGCCUCAUUUGGCAUUGCUGGGAGCCAGUCGACUCGCCAGGUUUGCCUGCAAGGCUAUGUCGAGGACGGUGAUGGAGCCGAUGUUCCACCUCGGAAACACAUCGUGCCAAGUUCUUAUCAUAUAUAUAAUCAUGACUCGGUUCCUCCUCAAAAGAACGUUGUUUUCCCACAUAAGAAAGCCGACGGUUGGAUGGAGGUGGAGCUUGGUGAGUUCCAUAAUGAGGGAGGUGACGGUGAGGUCUCCAUCAGCUUGACCGAGACAACAAAACCCAAGAGUGGCCUUAUUGUCUGGGGCAUUGUGAUAAGAAGUAAGCAACAAAAGAAAAAACAAAAAGAAGAAGUAAGCAAUAAAGGCCAGUAAGGCUCUAGCAUUUCGUACCAUAUACCAUGUGGGAGCUAGGAAGGAGAAUUUAUUGGACUAUCUUUUGUUACAUAGAAUGAGGCCAAAACUCUAAGGCUGCAUGUGGUCUUAUUUCCCUAUUUGCUUCAAUAUUUUGUUCUGAAUGUAGUCAAAUGUAUUUUUGAUAGGAAAUAAGUAGGAGAUAAAGAGCUAGGUAUGCCUGUAUGAGUUCCGUUAUAAGACAGGAAUAAGACCGAUUCAUUACAAAACAAAACCGUGUUAAAAAACACAUUUAAUACCUCCGUGACAGCGGCGGAGCGUGAACCAUAACUUUUUUAUGUAAUAUAACCUUUUUUAUUUAGCUAUAAAGGCGUGAACCAUAACUUUCUUUUAGCACUUCGUGAACCAUAACUAAGCCUGAGCCAGUUGGACCAGAGCUACAAAACGGGCCGUAUAACAAAAAAAAAGUGACAGGCUCUACAUAAAGCGCGGCGACUAUAUUUUGCAUUAAGCGAGUCAGCAGAAAGUCUUGCUGAAGGUUUCUACGAUAAUUGGACCGCCCAUUUGC